UAAACAGGAAUCAUCUCUGCGGGAGUCACGCUGGCUAUAAAUACAGCAACCAACAGAGGUUGCUCGGCAGAGGAGAGGCUGCAGUUCCUGCCAGCUCGGGAUGGUGAGGCAGCUCGGCUGGGAGUGUUGCUUCCACAGCCAGGAAACUGAGGCAGUGCCUGGCCCCAUAGCCCAGAAGGAAAUGGACGCAGAAAAGCCAGUGACUCCCACCGAGGAGCAGCUGGAGAUCCUGGAGUACAACUUCUGCAAGGUGAACAAGCAUCCCGACCCCACCACGCUGUGCCUCAUUGCAGCUGAAACUGGGCUUUCCGAGGAGCAGACCCUGAAAUGGUUCAAGCAGCGCCUGGCACAGUGGAGGAAGUCUGAAGGGCUGCCCUCAGAAAGCGGCUCUGUCAGGGACUAGAGGAUGCUGCUCCGCUCUCCAUGCCUGCUGUAAAUGAUGGUGAAGAUGUUCAGAGUGGGUUUCCUGUUGCAAAAAGUUUUGAGAUACAAAAUAAUACCCUGGUAUUUAACAUAAUUUUUAUUUAUAGAAAAAAUGCUAUAUAUAUAUAAUAUGUAUGUAUAUGUGUAUACAGCUUCUGAUGGUUGCAUAACCAGUUUAAUGAUUCUUAUCCAUUAAUAGAGCUGCACAGGCCAGGCCAUCUCAUGCCCUUGUCCUGGGCUGAUGGAAAAGCUGCUAUGAAAGGUUCAAGCACAGGAGGCGGGAAGAAAGAUUUAUUUUCUUUAGGAUUUAGUAUGCAGAAGAUCCUGAGAGGAGGGCAGUUGGAAAAUGUGAUGUGUUGUUUGUGAGGUCUUGGUUAGCUUAAGAUGCUCAAGGAGUUUGGAUAUUGACAAACCAAAUAUCCACAUCAUAAUCAGAUCAAGACAAGAUGAAUGUAUUUUUGUUACAUGCCACCAAAGGGAGAGAACUGGUCUUUUCUUUGUCCAAUGUGUAAAUAAAAACCAAAGAUUUUUGGUGA